AUGCAGACCGACGCAGCCAUGGACUCCCACAACGACGGCUUCAAGGUCUUCCUCAACAAGGUCAUCCGCCGCAGCAGGAAGGAGGCCAAGCCCAGGGGCGUGGACAUCUCCGCCCCAUUCGACUUCAAGAAGUGCAACCUCGAACUCGCGGGCAUCAGCGCAGAUGAAAUUGCCAUGCUCAAGGAACAAGCUGUCGCGAGCCGCAUCGGCAUCGCCGACUUCGACUCCGACUACACCGCCAGGCCCAUGUUCUCCAUCCAGUCCGGCAUGUCCAGCGCCUCCAUCUCCACCCUCGGCAGCUCCUACAGCAGAUGA